AUGAAGCUGCUUGCGAUGACCAUGCUGCUCCUCACCAUCUGCAGCCUUGAAGGGGCCUUGGUUCGGAGACAGGCGGAGGAGCCAAAUCUACAGAGCCUGGUUUCUCAGUACUUCCAGACCAUGAGUGAAUAUGGCAAGGAGCUGGUGGAGAAGGUCAAGGCCCCAGAGCUUCAGGCCCAGGCCAAGGCUUACUUCGAGAAGACGAAGGAGCAUCUGACACCCUUGGUCAAGAAGGCUGGAACAGAUCUGGUUAACUUCUUCAACAAAUUUGUGGACCUCAAAACACAGCCUCCCACCAAAUGA